CGCGGGCUCCAAUAUGGCGCGAAAAGGCGAAAUGGCUUGACUUUUCAACAAUGCUCAUAUUUACAUCGUAUUMUUUGCAGGUUACUUCUUGAAUUUUGUCAAAAAGGUGUAUUUCAAUAGCCUAUCUAUCAGGCCUUAGUAUUCCUAAAAUAAUUUGGCGUAGUUUUGGCUAGUUGCGCAUAAAUUCUUGCACAGAUUGGAAUUCUUACUCACGUGUUUAGUAAAAAAGUUGAUAAUCGGUAACAAUGACUACCAAUGAAGAAGAGAGGAUCGCCAAGAAUAUGCCUCGGGAAAUGAAAAAUAAGAAUAAAUGGUAUGGAGAUGCCAARGACUACUGGAAGGAAAUACCAGCAACUGUURAUGGUAUGCUAGGAGGAUUUGCUCACAUAUCUACUAUAGAUGUAGCCUGGUCAAAAAAGUUUCUACAAGAAUUUCUGGAUUCCCAAGCAGCAAAGAAACCAAAAGAUGACUUAACAUUACCAAGAACACAAGCAAGAGUUGCCCUAGAUUGUGGUGCAGGAAUUGGUCGUGUGACAAAAUACCUUCUGAUUCCCUUAUUUGAGACAGUCGACAUGCUUGAACAGAACAAAGACUUUYUAGAUCAGUGUGACCAAUACUUGGGCGAUUUAAGAAGUAAGGUAGAAAACUUAUAUCCAAUUGGUUUACAGGAAUUCGAUCCUGUGCCUGGACGAUACGAUGUGAUGUGGUGUCAAUGGGUCAUGGGACACCUUGCAGACGAUGAUUUCAUAUCAUUUUUAAAUCGUUGUAAGAAAGGUUUAAGUGAGGRAGGAAUUAUAUGUAUCAAAGAGAACAUUUCAAGUAGACGAGAUCAUGAUGUUGAUGUGGUAGACAGCAGUGUUACAAGGUCUCACAAUCAAUACAUGAAACUGUUUAAGAGAGCUAAUAUGAGAUUAAUCAAACAAGAAACCCAGACGGACUUUCCUAGCGAAAUCUACAAAGUAAAUAUAUAUGCAUUGGUUCCUGAAGAAGACAGUGAAGAAACAGAUGAAAAUGAUGAAAGCAACCCUGUUGUUUAAAGUUUUAUAAUUUUACUUUGAAAAGUUAAUAAAAUUGUAAAAAUAUGUACAAUUAAAAAAAACAUUUUGUACAAAGUAAAAA